AAGCCAACAUGGAAGAUCCCGGAGGAGGAAUAUCGCCGAAGCGAGGGCCGUGUGGGGGUUCGGGUCUCAAGCCCGACGCUGACAGUCGGAAUCAUUCAUACAUUAGGUCUCAACCGGCCACCAAGAUGGAUUUCAUUGUUCUGACAGCACAUGGAGUCACCUGCAAGCAAGUCGCUAUGUCGAUGACUACAUCUUCAUGGCUCCUUCAGCCGCUCUUACAGAGGUCGUCGCAAGGCGUUUUCAGACGCGAUAGCUUGCCUCCCACGGCUGUCUCUGUUGUAGCUUCUGUGACACUAUUCUUCAUAUUGGCACUCGUUUGCGUGGCUUUAAGACUCUGGUCGAUAAGACUGAAGAUGAAGAGAUUGACGCUUGCACUAUCUGACUACGCCAUUCUGUUUGCUUCUGCUCUGGCAGCCGGGUAUCUAUCUCUUUCAUGGCUUGUUUCUGAGCGCGGUGGCCUAGGUCGUCCAGCGGCAGAUUUGACACUGUCAGAACAAAAACUGGCGAGGAAAGCGUUCAUCGUCGCAUGGUUUAUUCAAGGAUGGGCAAAUAGCUUCGUGCGUUUGUCCAUCUUGGCCUUCUUCAGGCAAAUCUUCCCCGGAAGGCGGUUUCGCACUGUCGUUACCAUCGUUCAGAUUGCUGUUAUCGCAUACCUCAUUGCUAUUACUAUCGGCUUUGCCGCUAUUUGCCAACCAUUUCAUCGCAACUUCGAUAUUACACCAGAACAGGUGGAAUACUGCGGUAACCAGUCUCUACAAUUUUUACUCAGCGCAAUCUUCAACCUCGCCCUCGAUCUCAUAAUAUUCACUCUUCCAAUGCCCAUACUGUGGAACCUGCAAAUGAAUACACGAAGGAAGGUCUCCUUAAUUUUUGUUUUUGGCCUGGGCCUGUUCGUUUGCUUCGCAACAGCGUGGCGUAUACACCAGGUUGUUUUCGUGUCUACUCCGAGUGCACAACGAGAGUUUUCGGCUUCUGUAGUUGGGGACGCAUUAUGGUCUGGACUUGAAAUCAACCUUGGGAUUAUCAACGCAUGUCUACCUCUCAUGCCCCCUGCGCUCCAACAGAUAUCCAAAGCUGUAUUGCCUAAAGCUCUUCAUUUCUCAAGGUGCAGAUCCACCAAGGAUUCGAAAUCGUCGCCCACCGACGAAAAGCGCGUAUCGAAUACCAUCCUAGACGACAACCAGAGAUGGACUCGUCUUCACAACCCAGAGGAGGAUGAUAAUGACUCUAUUGAUCGUUUGGGAGUCAAUACUUGGAUAGAUGCUCGUCCUAUGGGAAAUAAUCCCAAGGAUGAUAAUCUUCGGUUAUCAUUUCAUCUAGGGGUCGAUGAUUGGGAGGAGCAGCACGAUAUUCAGAAUCGUAGUAACAUUUAUAGGAUUUCAUUCGCGCAAGUUUGAAUAUGAAAUAACUUUUUACGUUAGCCACCAAAUCCGGAAUGUAGUAUCAUCUAAAGGCAUGAUUAUAGGAUUUCUUCUCUACGGCCUACACUACUCGCUUUUCCAUGUAGUAAAGGUUCACUAUUCGAGAUACAGAGUCAGC